AAUAUUGUCCAGUCACAGACACAGCCACUGCUCUCGGUCGGAUCAUUCAUCGUACAUCGGUAAAAAAAAAUGUCUCCUUUUUCCUUUUUUUUUUUUAAUCUCAAAUCAUUUCUGUGGCACCAAUUGAAAAGCCAAGGAGAAGUAAUGGGUUCAUACUCAAUAGCAAGUGCUAUAUCUCGAGUUUCAGUUUCGCCUCUAAACCGUUUCGUUAAACUUUAUUCCACCGCUUUUUCUUACAUCAAUUGCCCUUGCAACAGAGCCCUGAGGCCAAAGAGAUUUGAUCAGCUUCGUGUGUUCUCUAUGGCGUCGGAAGCGAAGGAAUCAGCAGCAAACAAUCCUGGCUUGUCAACGGUUCGGGAUGAGGCUACCAAAGGGUAUAUCAUGCAGCAGACUAUGUUUCGGGUGAAGGACCCUAAGGCUAGUCUUGACUUUUACUCACGUGUCCUGGGAAUGUCAUUGCUCAAGAGGCUAGAUUUCUCUGAGAUGAAGUUCAGCUUGUACUUCCUGGGCUACGAGGAUACUUCGACAGCUCCAACAGAUCCUACUGAGAGAACUGUUUGGACCUUUGGUCGACCUGCAACAAUUGAGCUGACUCACAACUGGGGCACAGAGAGUGAUCCUGAGUUUAAAGGCUAUCAUAAUGGAAACUCCGAGCCUCGUGGAUUUGGGCAUAUUGGGGUUACAGUUGAUGAUGUGCACAAGGCAUGCGAGAGAUUUGAACAACUGGGAGUAGAGUUCGUCAAGAAACCGAAUGAUGGAAAGAUGAAGAAUAUAGCCUUCAUCAAGGAUCCUGAUGGCUACUGGAUCGAGAUCUUUGAUCUCAAGACUAUCGGGACAACAGCCGGAAACGCAGCUUGAAGUAGUUCCACUUGUGCUGUUUGUGUUCUUGUGUUCAUUCCACCUGAGUUUGAAAUUCAAAUAAAGAUGUUUCCUGUCUCAACGAAUAAGAGAAAAUGACAUUAUUCUCAAUGUGGUCUGUUUCUUGGUCUUUACAAUGAGUUGAGUUAAAUAAGUUGUUAUCAAUGAGAAUCAGUUUGAUUUCAUGUCA